AUGGAUUACCUGUUUGGGAUUGUAAUGCUGCUGUGCGGGGCGGUGCAGCUGGGAAGAGGUGUUGAGCCCAAGCACAACGUACCCAGGCUAAAGCUGUCAUACAAGGAGAUGUUAGAGUCCAGUAACCUCGUCACUUUCAACGGCUUGGCCAACAGCUCGAGCUACGACGCUUUCCUAUUGGACGAGGAGCGAGGGAGACUGCUGGUCGGAGCCGAGGACCACAUCUUCUCAUUCGACCUCGUCAACAUCAACAGAGACCACAAACAGAUUGCGUGGCCUGCCACCCCCUCGAAGCGGGAUGAAUGCAAGUGGGCCGGGAAAGACCUCGGGAAGGAGUGUUCUAACUUCAUCCGGGUCCUCCAACCUUUCAACCAGACCCACCUGUACAUCUGUGGCACAGGAGCCUUCCACCCCAUCUGUUCUUUUCUGGAAAUGGGCAAGAGGGCAGAGGAAAACAUCUUUCGACUGGCCUCGCAUUUCGAGAACGGCCGCGGGAAAAGCCCCUACGACCCCAAAAUGCUCUCGGCCUCGCUUCUGAUCGAUGGAGAGCUGUACUCUGGCACAUCUGCUGAUUUCAUGGGAAGGGACUUUGCUAUUUUCCGUACCCUGGGAGAUCAUCAUCCAAUUAGAACAGAGCAGCACGAUUCAAGAUGGCUCAAUGACCCCAGGUUCAUAGGCGUUCACUUGAUCCCGGAAAGUGACAACACUGAAGACGAUAAGAUCUUUCUGUUUUUCAAGGAGAACGCCAUGGACGGAGAGCACACUGGCAAGGCGACCAUCGCCAGGAUAGGACAACUGUGUAAGAACGACAUGGGAGGUCACAGGAGUCUGGUGAACAAGUGGACCACCUUCCUCAAGGCCCGGCUAAUGUGUUCAGUGCCAGGGGUCAACGGCAUCGAUACACACUUUGAUGAGCUGCAGGAUGUGUUUCUCAUGAGCUCCAAGGAUCCAAAGAACCCAGUCAUAUACGCAGUAUUCACCACAUCCAGUAACAUCUUUAAAGGCUCGGCGGUGUGCAUGUACAACAUGGCCGACAUCCGGAGGGUUUUCCUGGGUUCCUACGCCCACAGAGAUGGACCCAACUACCAAUGGGUGCCUUUCCAGGGGAGGGUGCCCUACCCCCGCCCGGGCACUUGCCCCAGCAAGACAUUCGGGGGAUUCGACUCCACCAAGGACCUCCCCGAUGAUGUCAUCACCUUCGCCAGGGGUCACCCAGCCAUGUACAACCCAGUGCACCCGAUAGGCGGGCGUCCCAUCAUGGUGCGAACCGACGUGGACUACCAGUUCUCCCAGCUGGUCGUGGACAGAGUGGAGGCAGAGGACGGACAGUAUGACGUCAUGUUCAUCGGGACAGACGUGGGCACGGUACUGAAGGUGGUGACAAUACCCAGAGAGAGCUGGCACGACCUGGAAGAGGUGGUGCUCGAAGAGAUGACCGUCUUCAGGGAGCCCACUCCCAUUACUGCUAUGGAGCUGUCCACCAAGCAGCAACAGCUGUACCUCGGCUCUGGCCUGGGCGUGUCGCAGAUGUCUUUACAUCGCUGCGAGGUGUACGGGAAAGCCUGCGCAGAGUGCUGCCUGGCCAGAGACCCUUAUUGCGCCUGGGACGGCAGCGAGUGCUCGAGAUACUUUCCUACCGCCAAGAGGCGAACCAGACGACAGGACAUCAGAAACGGAGACCCUCUCUCCCAAUGCUCAGACCUUCAGCAUCACGACGACACGGACGGCGUAGGAGGCGGCGUGGAGGACCGCGGUGUGUACGGCGUGGAGAACAGCAGCAUGUUCCUCGAGUGCAGCCCAAAGUCUCAGAGAGCACUCACGUACUGGCAGCUGCAGAAGCCCGGCGAGGACCGCAAGCACGAGAUCAAGCUAGACGACAGGGUGCUGCGUACAGACCAGGGCCUGCUCAUACGCAGUCUGACCCAGUCCGACUCGGGUACCUACCACUGCCAGGCCGUGGAGCACGGCUUCAUCCAGACCCUCCUGCGCCUCAACCUCCAGGUCGUCCCUGUCCAGAAACUGGGUGACAUCCUACCCCGACUUCCCGGCGCAGGAGGCGGGGUCGGUCACUCUCCCAAGCACAGGCUGUGGUAUCGCGAUUUCCUGUCUCUCUUGGACCACCCAGACCUCAACAGCGUGGAAGAGUUUUGCGAUCGAGUUUGGAAGAAAGAACGCAAACAGAAGAGGGUGAAGACGCCCAACGGGAACAGUCAGGGUAAACCCGACGGCACCGGCGGUUCAAACCCUGCGCUACGGCCUAAAGCUUUAGCUCCCAACGCCCAGAAGCAGCAAGCCAGUCCACCGCAGAGCAGGCCAGGGCCCCAGGCUGGAGGGCCGACGGUGGAAGGGUCGGCGCGAAACCAGACUCUCCAGAAAGCUCAACCAAAUCUGGGUAUGUUGAGUGUCCAGACACCUAAGAACAAUCAGAAGACGCAGAGCGGCCAGAAGGGGCAGGGCAGCCAGGCUGGUUCUCAGGCUGCGGGGGGGUCUAGGGCGAGCAGCCAGCACACAGCCAAGUGGAGACGGAUGCAGGAAAAUAAGAAGGGACGCAACAGGAGGACCCACGAGCUUCAAAGACCCCCGCGAAGCGUUUGAGAAAGAGGGGAAAAGAAAAGAAAAAAAAGCACAGAGAUGCACACAUGCAACCAGAUCUACACA